AUGGAACAAAUAACAAAUGGAUCUCUUCUUGAACAACAAAUAUUGGCAUCAAAAAGAGAUGAAAAGAAAGAAGUCUCUAUUCAAGAAGAAAGUUUUUCUGGAAUUCAUGAGGAAGAAAAUAAACCAGAAACACAAACGAAUUUAUGGGGAGGUAUUGCUUUGAGAAAUGAAAAUUCAUCUGAAAAGAUUCAAGGAGACAGUAACCCUGUUUUAAGAAAACAACCCAAAAGAACUUCUGUUGUUGAGCUUAUUGGAAGUUCAAAGCCUGUUGUUCAAGAAAAGGCAGAUGGACAUAGACUUACCGUUUUUGUAAACAAAAAAGAUAAUCUUCAUGAUGGUGAUUCAUUUGGUGAUGCUCUUUUCAACGCACCAAUUUCUGUACCUCCCAAAAUGUCUAUUGGAGAUUCUAAUGAAUUUACUGUUCAAAAAAGAGUUAGACAAAGUGUUUUUGAAAGGGAAGACAAACCUAAAGAUACUAAUAAGACAGUAGAAUUAAAUGUAAACAAUAAUUCUGUUCCUGCAUUUUCAAAUUCAUUUGCAGAUUUUAAAAUUCCAUCACAAGGAGAUUUUAAUGGGUUUUCAUCAUUUGGUUCAGGGACAAAACAAAACCAAUCAAACCCAUUCGCUUCUGGCACUUUUUCUUUUGGUAGUUUAGGGCUUCAAGCUGAACCUCCUAAAGAAGAAAAGAUUGAAAAAGAAGUUGAAGAGCAACCACAACAAGUUACAAAAGAAGAUACACAAAGUGGACCUUUUGAAAAUAAAUAUUAUACUCCACAAAAACGUGAAUUUGUUUUAUUUGAAGCUCCAACAAUUCCAACAGAAAAAGAAGUUCCUUCACUUACUGCAAAGUUAGAAGAUGAAAAAGUAGUUGAAGAAAAAAAGAUUGAAGUAACAAAAGAUGGAUUCAAAUUUGAUUUUGGAACGAAUGAAACAGCAAAACCUGAAAAUACAUCAAAUGGAUUUUCUUUCGGAAAUAUUGAUUUUGGAAAAGGAUUCAAUUUUGGUACUUCUUCGAGUGCUGAAAAAACAAAUCAAAAGGAAAAUGAGAAAAAAGACAACGACAAACCAACAGAACAGACUAAUACUGCUUCUAAUCCUUUCACUAAUUUCUCAUUUAAUGGAUUUAAUAGUACUGUUGAAACUAAGAGCAAUGAAAAACCAAAAGAGGAAAAUCAAACAAAUAAUAUUUUUGGAGGAUUCUCAUUUAAUGGAUUUGGAACCACUGACAAGAAAAAAGAUGAAAAUACUUCAACUUCUAUCUUUGGAAACUUUUCAUUUGAUGGAUUUGGAACCACUGAUAAGAAGGUAAACGAAUCUUCUAAAGAAGGACAAUCUUCAAAGAAUUUAUUUGCUGGACUAAAAGAUAAUGAAAAUAAUGAAGAUAAAAAGGUUCAAGAAAAUGGGUUUAACAAUGCUGCUUUUGGAAAUUGUUUUGCAUCUACUGGGUUUGGAAAUAACGAAAAACCUAAAGAAGAGGCUCAAAAUACUUUAGGUUCAUUUAAUAAUAGUUCAAGUACAAAUAAUGCAUUUAGUUUUGGAAAUAGUUCUAAUUUAGGAAAUCCAUUUAACCAAUCACAAAACAAUAAUACAACUGAAAAAGAUGAUGAUAAAUUAGAAGAAGAAGAAAAUAAAACUGAAUUUAAGCCAGUUAUUAAGAUGGAAAUUCAAGAACAAAAGGUUGAUGAAAACCAAGAAUAUGUAAUGCAAAGUGUUAUUAAGAUUGCUCGUUUGUAUCAAGAGAAAAAUCAAGAAGGAAAAGUCAUUAGUACUGAAUGGAGAGCUCUUGGGUCUGAGGCAACACUUAGUGUGAUUAAGAAUAAACAAAAUGGCAAAAUUCAACUAAAUGUUAUGAAUACCGCUACAGGGUCUCCAUUUGUUCUCUGUUAUUUACAAAAGGGAGUUGUUUCUAUUAAAAAAGCAACUUCAAAUAGAUGUGUGUUCAAAUGCUUUGAAAAGGAUAAUACAACAAAUAAGAUUGUCCCUAAAUAUUACACACUAUGUUUUACUUCUGCUGAAGAUAAUGACAAACUCAUUGGAAUUAUUGAAAAACUUUAA